AUGAGAAGGCAAGGAGAAAGAGGCAAUGAGAAGGCAAGGAUUGGCAACGAGAAGAAGGCAACGAGAAGAAGGCAACGAGAAGAAGGCAACGAGAAGAAGGCAACGAGAAGAAGGCAACGAGAAGAAGGCAACGAGAAGAAGGCAACGAGAAGAAGGCAACGAGAAGAAGGCAACGAGAAGAAGGCAACGAGAAGAAGGCAACGAGAAGAAGGCAACGAGAAGAAGGCAACGAGAAGAAGGCAACGAGAAGAAGGCAACGAGAAGAAGGCAACGAGAAGAAGGCAACGAGAAGAAGGCAACGAGAAGAAGGCAACGAGAAGAAGGCAACGAGAAGAAGGCAACGAGAAGAAGGCAACGAGAAGAAGGCAACGAGAAGAAGGCAACGAGAAGAAGGCAACGAGAAGAAGGCAACGAGAAGAAGGCAACGAGAAGAAGGCAACGAGAAGAAGGCAACGAGAAGAAGGCAACGAGAAGAAGGCAACGAGAAGAAGGCAACGAGAAGAAGGCAACGAGAAGAAGGCAACGAGAAGAAGGCAACGAGAAGAAGGCAACGAGAAGAAGGCAACGAGAAGAAGGCAACGAGAAGAAGGCAACGAGAAGAAGGCAACGAGAAGAAGGCAACGAGAAGAAGGCAACGAGAAGAAGGCAACGAGAAGAAGGCAACGAGAAGAAGGCAACGAGAAGAAGGCAACGAGAAGAAGGCAACGAGAAGAAGGCAACGAGAAGAAGGCAACGAGAAGAAGGCAACGAGAAGAAGGCAACGAGAAGAAGGCAACGAGAAGAAGGCAACGAGAAGAAGGCAACGAGAAGAAGGCAACGAGAAGAAGGCAACGAGAAGAAGGCAACGAGAAGAAGGCAACGAGAAGAAGGCAACGAGAAGAAGGCAACGAGAAGAAGGCAACGAGAAGAAGGCAACGAGAAGAAGGCAACGAGAAGAAGGCAACGAGAAGAAGGCAACGAGAAGAAGGCAACGAGAAGAAGGCAACGAGAAGAAGGCAACGAGAAGAAGGCAACGAGAAGAAGGCAACGAGAAGAAGGCAACGAGAAGAAGGCAACGAGAAGAAGGCAACGAGAAGAAGGCAACGAGAAGAAGGCAACGAGAAGAAGGCAACGAGAAGAAGGCAACGAGAAGAAGGCAACGAGAAGAAGGCAACGAGAAGAAGGCAACGAGAAGAAGGCAACGAGAAGAAGGCAACGAGAAGAAGGCAACGAGAAGAAGGCAACGAGAAGAAGGCAACGAGAAGAAGGCAACGAGAAGAAGGCAACGAGAAGAAGGCAACGAGAAGAAGGCAACGAGAAGAAGGCAACGAGAAGAAGGCAACGAGAAGAAGGCAACGAGAAGAAGGCAACGAGAAGAAGGCAACGAGAAGAAGGCAACGAGAAGAAGGCAACGAGAAGAAGGCAACGAGAAGAAGGCAACGAGAAGAAGGCAACGAGAAGAAGGCAACGAGAAGAAGGCAACGAGAAGAAGGCAACGAGAAGAAGGCAACGAGAAGAAGGCAACGAGAAGAAGGCAACGAGAAGAAGGCAACGAGAAGAAGGCAACGAGAAGAAGGCAACGAGAAGAAGGCAACGAGAAGAAGGCAACGAGAAGAAGGCAACGAGAAGAAGGCAACGAGAAGAAGGCAACGAGAAGAAGGCAACGAGAAGAAGGCAACGAGAAGAAGGCAACGAGAAGAAGGCAACGAGAAGAAGGCAACGAGAAGAAGGCAACGAGAAGAAGGCAACGAGAAGAAGGCAACGAGAAGAAGGCAACGAGAAGAAGGCAACGAGAAGAAGGCAACGAGAAGAAGGCAACGAGAAGAAGGCAACGAGAAGAAGGCAACGAGAAGAAGGCAACGAGAAGAAGGCAACGAGAAGAAGGCAACGAGAAGAAGGCAACGAGAAGAAGGCAACGAGAAGAAGGCAACGAGAAGAAGGCAACGAGAAGAAGGCAACGAGAAGAAGGCAACGAGAAGAAGGCAACGAGAAGAAGGCAACGAGAAGAAGGCAACGAGAAGAAGGCAACGAGAAGAAGGCAACGAGAAGAAGGCAACGAGAAGAAGGCAACGAGAAGAAGGCAACGAGAAGAAGGCAACGAGAAGAAGGCAACGAGAAGAAGGCAACGAGAAGAAGGCAACGAGAAGAAGGCAACGAGAAGAAGGCAACGAGAAGAAGGCAACGAGAAGAAGGCAACGAGAAGAAGGCAACGAGAAGAAGGCAACGAGAAGAAGGCAACGAGAAGAAGGCAACGAGAAGAAGGCAACGAGAAGAAGGCAACGAGAAGAAGGCAACGAGAAGAAGGCAACGAGAAGAAGGCAACGAGAAGAAGGCAACGAGAAGAAGGCAACGAGAAGAAGGCAACGAGAAGAAGGCAACGAGAAGAAGGCAACGAGAAGAAGGCAACGAGAAGAAGGCAACGAGAAGAAGGCAACGAGAAGAAGGCAACGAGAAGAAGGCAACGAGAAGAAGGCAACGAGAAGAAGGCAACGAGAAGAAGGCAACGAGAAGAAGGCAACGAGAAGAAGGCAACGAGAAGAAGGCAACGAGAAGAAGGCAACGAGAAGAAGGCAACGAGAAGAAGGCAACGAGAAGAAGGCAACGAGAAGAAGGCAACGAGAAGAAGGCAACGAGAAGAAGGCAACGAGAAGAAGGCAACGAGAAGAAGGCAACGAGAAGAAGGCAACGAGAAGAAGGCAACGAGAAGAAGGCAACGAGAAGAAGGCAACGAGAAGAAGGCAACGAGAAGAAGGCAACGAGAAGAAGGCAACGAGAAGAAGGCAACGAGAAGAAGGCAACGAGAAGAAGGCAACGAGAAGAAGGCAACGAGAAGAAGGCAACGAGAAGAAGGCAACGAGAAGAAGGCAACGAGAAGAAGGCAACGAGAAGAAGGCAACGAGAAGAAGGCAACGAGAAGAAGGCAACGAGAAGAAGGCAACGAGAAGAAGGCAACGAGAAGAAGGCAACGAGAAGAAGGCAACGAGAAGAAGGCAACGAGAAGAAGGCAACGAGAAGAAGGCAACGAGAAGAAGGCAACGAGAAGAAGGCAACGAGAAGAAGGCAACGAGAAGAAGGCAACGAGAAGAAGGCAACGAGAAGAAGGCAACGAGAAGAAGGCAACGAGAAGAAGGCAACGAGAAGAAGGCAACGAGAAGAAGGCAACGAGAAGAAGGCAACGAGAAGAAGGCAACGAGAAGAAGGCAACGAGAAGAAGGCAACGAGAAGAAGGCAACGAGAAGAAGGCAACGAGAAGAAGGCAACGAGAAGAAGGCAACGAGAAGAAGGCAACGAGAAGAAGGCAACGAGAAGAAGGCAACGAGAAGAAGGCAACGAGAAGAAGGCAACGAGAAGAAGGCAACGAGAAGAAGGCAACGAGAAGAAGGCAACGAGAAGAAGGCAACGAGAAGAAGGCAACGAGAAGAAGGCAACGAGAAGAAGGCAACGAGAAGAAGGCAACGAGAAGAAGGCAACGAGAAGAAGGCAACGAGAAGAAGGCAACGAGAAGAAGGCAACGAGAAGAAGGCAACGAGAAGAAGGCAACGAGAAGAAGGCAACGAGAAGAAGGCAACGAGAAGAAGGCAACGAGAAGAAGGCAACGAGAAGAAGGCAACGAGAAGAAGGCAACGAGAAGAAGGCAACGAGAAGAAGGCAACGAGAAGAAGGCAACGAGAAGAAGGCAACGAGAAGAAGGCAACGAGAAGAAGGCAACGAGAAGAAGGCAACGAGAAGAAGGCAACGAGAAGAAGGCAACGAGAAGAAGGCAACGAGAAGAAGGCAACGAGAAGAAGGCAACGAGAAGAAGGCAACGAGAAGAAGGCAACGAGAAGAAGGCAACGAGAAGAAGGCAACGAGAAGAAGGCAACGAGAAGAAGGCAACGAGAAGAAGGCAACGAGAAGAAGGCAACGAGAAGAAGGCAACGAGAAGAAGGCAACGAGAAGAAGGCAACGAGAAGAAGGCAACGAGAAGAAGGCAACGAGAAGAAGGCAACGAGAAGAAGGCAACGAGAAGAAGGCAACGAGAAGAAGGCAACGAGAAGAAGGCAACGAGAAGAAGGCAACGAGAAGAAGGCAACGAGAAGAAGGCAACGAGAAGAAGGCAACGAGAAGAAGGCAACGAGAAGAAGGCAACGAGAAGAAGGCAACGAGAAGAAGGCAACGAGAAGAAGGCAACGAGAAGAAGGCAACGAGAAGAAGGCAACGAGAAGAAGGCAACGAGAAGAAGGCAACGAGAAGAAGGCAACGAGAAGAAGGCAACGAGAAGAAGGCAACGAGAAGAAGGCAACGAGAAGAAGGCAACGAGAAGAAGGCAACGAGAAGAAGGCAACGAGAAGAAGGCAACGAGAAGAAGGCAACGAGAAGAAGGCAACGAGAAGAAGGCAACGAGAAGAAGGCAACGAGAAGAAGGCAACGAGAAGAAGGCAACGAGAAGAAGGCAACGAGAAGAAGGCAACGAGAAGAAGGCAACGAGAAGAAGGCAACGAGAAGAAGGCAACGAGAAGAAGGCAACGAGAAGAAGGCAACGAGAAGAAGGCAACGAGAAGAAGGCAACGAGAAGAAGGCAACGAGAAGAAGGCAACGAGAAGAAGGCAACGAGAAGAAGGCAACGAGAAGAAGGCAACGAGAAGAAGGCAACGAGAAGAAGGCAACGAGAAGAAGGCAACGAGAAGAAGGCAACGAGAAGAAGGCAACGAGAAGAAGGCAACGAGAAGAAGGCAACGAGAAGAAGGCAACGAGAAGAAGGCAACGAGAAGAAGGCAACGAGAAGGCAACGAGAAGAAGGCAAUGAGAAGGCAACGAGAAGAAGGCAAUGAGAAGGCAACGAGAAGGCAACGAGAAGAAGGCAACGAGAAGGCAACGAGAAGAAGGCAAUGA